UUUUUUUUUUUAAGGUUUAUUCUGAGGUACUAUCUCUCAUUGAGCCCUGUAGAGUUCAACUGAAAGUUGUGCAAUUAACAAGCAGCAUGCCCGUUUCUGACUUGCGUGCUGCAUUGUCUGGGCCACCUGAUGUUCUGGUCUCCACACCAGCUUGCAUUUCAACAUGUAUGUCAGGAGACGUUCUUCAAGCAAAGUCCCUUCAGGAUUCACUUUCGAUCCUUGUUCUGGACGAGGCCGACCUUCUUUUGUCAUAUGGCUACGAAGAUGAUCUAAAAGCACUUACUCCUUAUAUCCCUCGACGUUGUCAAUCACUUCUUAUGUCUGCAACCUCAAGUGCUGAUGUUGAGAAGUUAAAGAAGCUUGUUCUACACAAUCCGUUCAUUUUGACUCUGCCAGAAGUUGGAGAUACUAAGGAUGAGAUUAUCCCUAAAAAUGUUCAGCAAUUUUGGAUUUCAUGCAGUGCUCGUGACAAACUACUUCACGUCCUUGCUCUCUUGAAACUGGAACUUGUUCAGAAAAAAGUUCUGAUAUUUGUCAAUUCAAUUGACAUGGCUUUCAGGUUGAGACUUUUCCUAGAACAGUUUGGAAUCAGAUCUGCUGUUUUAAAUGGCGAGUUACCACAGAAUUCACGUCUCCAUAUCCUUGAGGAAUUCAAUGCGGGACUUUUUGAUUAUCUUAUAGCAACUGAUGGUAGCCAAAUAAAAGAGAAGGAAGAAGUCAAGUCAGAGAAUCAAGUCUCGUUACGAAAAUCUAAAAAGCACCUCAGGCAAAAAUUAGACUCAGAAUUUGGAGUAGUGAGAGGAAUUGACUUCAAGAAUGUUUAUACGGUUAUAAAUUUUGAAAUGCCCCCAACUUCUGCUGGAUAUGUGCAUCGAAUAGGGCGUACAGGAAGAGCAUAUAAUACUGGUGCAUCGGUCUCAUUGGUUUCUCCGGAUGAGAUGGAAAUUUUUGAAGAGAUCAAAUCUAUGUUGGGAGAUAAUGAGAGCCAAGACAAUUCAAGCUUCAUUGCACCAUUUCCUUUACUCACUAAGAAUGCUGUGGAGUCUUUACGAUAUAGAGCUGAGGAUGUUGGAAAAAGUGUAACAAAAGUUGCAAUAAGAGAAUCACGGGCUCAGGAUCUUAGGAAUGAAAUUCUAAACUCUGAGAAGUUGAAGACUCAUUUUGAAGCUAAUCCAAAGGACUUGGAUCUACUGAAGCAUGACAAAGUGCUGAGCAAAAAAGAACCUCCUCAACACCUAAGGGCUGUGCCUGAAUACCUUUUGGACCCAACAACUCAGGAAGCCAGCAAGAUUGUUAAGCUUGCUAGAGCUGCAAUGGGAAACACCAAAUCCGCUCAUCGACCGGGACCAAAGAAAAAAUUCAGGAAAAGUGGAGAUCCUCUCAAGACCUUUUCUGCCGAGGCACCAAAGAGAUCCAAAGGGAAUAAGAGGAAGGGAAAAGAUGGGAGCGAUGACCUUAAGCAGAGGAAGAAACAUUCUGUCUGAAUUUUUUUCCCUCCCUUUCUGUAGAUAUUUAAAACCUGGGGAUGGAAAUACCCCUACAAUUUUGUUCUAAAUUAUUUAGUUA